UGGUAGAUAUACGAUGGAAGGAGAAUCGAGGAAUCUCCCUUAUCUACGGGAGUUGAAAGGUUAAUGUUUCGGAUUUGAGACUUAUGUACUUCGUACGAAGUAGUCUAAUGCUAAAGGCAACAGAUACAAAUGUUUGAUUGGUGGUUGGUCUCACUGCGGGGCUACAGUUACUUUCGUACCUUGAACCUAGAAGGUCAACAGUAUUGAAUCUCAUAGCGCUUGCCUUGUCUUUUAAAGAUAUGCCCUGGGUUGGUAGGUACGUGUAUCAACGAAAUAAAAUACAUAUGUACCUACCUCAUGUGGGCAGAUAAAUGUACUUCACAUGUGGGUACGGGUUAUAGAGGCAGGUGCGAGAGUGCACGUUAUCUGUGCGGUCGCGGUGCGCCAUCAUUUUGUGUACUGUGCACCGCGGAAGAAUCUCUCAAUUUAUUAAUUUAUUCUCCACCGCGCCUAACUUGUAACAAGUCUAUACUGCGUUAAUCAAUGCCUUCUAAGUCUUUAUUCCAGGGAGUUCAAAGCUAAACGGGCUUCGACAUGGCUAUCCUCGAGGUUGUUCCGGGUAUCGAAGCUGUCGUGCAGGUUGCCGGUAGUGAUGCUACCGAGUACGAGGAUCCCAACGCGUUGGAGCAAGAUACCACGGACGCGAUUUGUCCCACUUCAACUAAGUAUAUCGAAUGUAUUGAUGGGGCUAGGUUUACCAUUAAGGCGCGAGUUACUAGAGACUACCAAUGGAGCCGCGAGGUCAAUGCUCUUACAUGGAAUUUUGACGUGGACGGUAACAGCAUUACGGGUUUAGUCACGAUAAAAGAGAAAAUGGUCAAUGGCGUCAAAACAUCAAUUAUAGAGGGCAACAGGUUGUAUUGCACUCGGACCAAGAAAUGGAUUCUUCAGAAGUUUCAGUUCUCUGCUAUUGACGUCGUUGACGACGCGAAAAAGGAUCGAAUCCAGGAUGACAUCAAGAUAGCUAAGCACCUUGGGAUGAUUCAAGUUCGAGUCUAUCGGUGUAUCUAUUUAGGAGAUUCCACACCAUCACUCGGGAAGCCUAUCACAAGCGAUAAACUAGAGCUUGCAGAGAAGUCACUUAAGGGCAAAGCCAUAUCGCACGGAACAUCAUUUUCGUCAUCGGGGGAUCGUGUAUCUGCUCCCAGGUCGUGUAGUGUAAGCUAUGUCGACGGGCGUGAUAAGCCAAUUGCGGUGUUUCGGUUCCAUUAUAGAUCUAGAGAUGCUCUAAAACGCGAGAUGGUCAUUCCUCGAUCCCCAUCGCCAAGCCCAGGGCCGAAGCGGGAAGUCGCUCGAAUGUCGCGGGCUGAACUAGAACGGUUAGCUGGAGAGAGGCUCGUCCAGCUGCAGAGAAAUGGUAACAUUAAGGAAGAGCGCAAGCCUACUUUGAAACGGGAAUUCAAAGAAGUCAUUGACUUGAGCGACGAGACCGAGAGGCCCGUAAAGUCCUCUCGAAUGGCUCCGGAGAUACCAGAGGAAGUUAUUGAUCUGACAGACGAUUAAAUAUGGUCUGGUUAACGUGAUACUGAAGAUGUAUCAAUUAUCUGCAGAUUUUGUCAUCCUGUAGCUUAUUUUCUUGUGAGAGAAGGGUGAAUUAGAGUCGACCUAUCGGAGUCGGGUUAUGAAAUUAAAUAUGUUUAAGAAUGGAAUUAGGUCUGCUAGAUUGUUAAAUGAUAGAAAAUCGUUCUCAGUGUGACAGGCCGAGGAAUUGAAGAAAGCGUGUCAAGGACGCUACCAAUAAAUUCAAAGCUACGUGCGUAGGUUAGGUACAAU